CUGCUUUUCCAAACUCAGAGAUCUUGUCUGAACUUGCAGAUUUUCUCAGCACCAAUCUAAUACAAGUUUACGUGAAAUUUAUUUAUAAAUUUAGUAAAUUCAAAGAAUGUUUAAAAAGUUUGAUGAAAAGGAAAAUAUAUCUGGUUUCCAGCAGCUGAAAACGUCAGUUCAGAAAGGAAUAAGAAGUAAAAUUCUGGAGCAGUACCCGUACAUUGAGACUUGUAUUAAUGACGUACUUCCUAAGAAAGAGCCAUUCCGAUUGAUGAAAUGUCAUGAACACAUUGAGGUCUUGGUUGGGGCCAAUGGUGAUUUUUUGUUCUUCAGACACAGGGAGGGAUACUGGGUACCUACUCUUCGUCUUCUACAUAAAUAUCCGUACAUCUUACCUUGGCAGCAAGUGGAUAAGGGAGCAAUCAGAUUUGUACUUAGUGGAGCCAAUAUCAUGUGUCCUGGAUUAACCUCACCUGGUGCACGGAUGACUCCUUGUCCUAAAGGAGCCAUUGUGGCAAUUAUGGCUGAAGGAAAACAACAUGCUUUAGCUGUAGGAGUCACUUCAUUGUCAACCCAAGAUAUACAAUCUGUAAAUAAAGGAAUUGGUGUGGAGAAUUACCAUUAUUUGAAUGAUGGAUUGUGGAUGUUAAAACCAAUGAAAUAAACUUUGCUUUUGCUA